UUCUCUAUCCAUUUUCUUAGUGGAUAAAAAACCUUACAUUGCUCUGAUUCUUAGAACUUGUUGAAACAGAUCUCUGUUUUUUUUUUAUCUUAUUUUAUCUUGUUAAAGAAAAAAAGAAUGAGAUCUCAAGGAGUAGAAGAUAACAACAAAGCGUGGCUUGAACCAGCGACGCCGGAGAUUUCAAACGGAAACGGGAAUAUAAGUUACGAGUUUCAGAAAGGUGUAAACCGGACACCAAACCACCACCGGUCCACAAUGGGUAAACCGGCACCGUCAAAAUGGGACGACGCUCAGAAAUGGCUCUCCGGCGUUGGUUUCGCUCGCGGCGGCGGCGGAGAGAAGAACCACCACUCCUCGAGAAGCUGUAAACCGAGAAACUCAAACGCCGAUGAUCUUAGACUCAUAGCUUCCGCUUCGCAAAGGGAACGCGAAGGAGAAGAUCAGUACGUUGAAUACGACGACGACGGAGAGGCGGCGGCGGCGGAGAGGCCGGAGGUUGAGACGAAGAACGUAGAUUGCGGUGGCUCGGCUUGGAGGAAGGAGAGUGUUAUAAAUCCGACGGCUGUGAUUCGAUCGGUGUGUGUGAGGGAUAUGGGCACUGAGAUGACUCCGAUCGGUAGCCAAGAGCCUUCUAGAACAGCUACGCCUGUGCGAGCCACGACGCCGGUUGGGAGAAGCCCUGUGACGUCACCGGUGAGAGGUUCUCACGGCGGCGGUGAGGCGGUGAGGACGGCGGUUGAGACGGUGACGGUGACGGAGGCUAGAAACGUGACGAGUUUUGAUAAUGAGAAGAAGGCGAUGAAUGCUAUGGAAGCUCGAGCCAUGGCUUGGGAUGAGGCAGAGCGCGCUAAAUUCAUGGCUAGGUAUAAGAGAGAGGAAGUGAAAAUACAAGCUUGGGAAAAUCAUGAGAAGAGAAAGGCGGAGAUGGAGAUGAAGAAAAUGGAGGUGAAGGCGGAGAGGAUGAAAGCAAGGGCGGAGGAGAAAUUGGCGAACAAGCUGGCGGCGACAAAGAGGAUAGCGGAGGAGAGGAGGGCAAAUGCGGAGGCGAAGCUGAACGAGAAGGCGGUGAGGACAUCGGAGAGGGCUGAUUAUAUAAGAAGAAGUGGCCACUUGCCUUCUUCUUUCUCCUUUAAGAUCCCAUCUUUUUCUCUUUGUUGGUAGCCAUUAUUUGGUGUUUACUUAUAUUCUUAUUAAUACCUUUGGAAUGUAAUCGUGUAUGGAUUUAGUGAUUGCAAUAACUAACAUAAAAUAAUUAAA